UUUUUAGAAUUUUUUUUUAUCAAUGAACUUUUUUCAGCAUGUUUCUACCGACCAUGAGCUCAAAUUAAUGAUUUCGACUUCUAGGCCAUCUAGCGAAAAUAUGUUUUGAUUUGCCUCGGAUAUUACAUGUUCGUCAUCCCUGCAUGGAAGGAAGGCAGUUGGAAGAGAGGACGGCGUUUGGAAAUUGUGCAAGCCAUCAAAUCGGAUAAAAUCGGGCUCAUCCUCGCCCCUCAGACAUUGAUUGCUCUAUGAGCCGUGUCGCCACCAGAGGGACGCCAUAGAAUCCCCAAGGUGAGGCGUAUUGGGCGGGUCCAGGGUGGAAUUUGACGUGCAAUGAAUGCCCCUCCGACCUUCGAGUCGUUUUUGCUCUUUGAGGGCGAGAAGAAGAUCACCAAGGAGCAAGAUACCAAAGUGCCCAAUGCGUCCAUUUUCUCCAUCAAUAAGGAGGACCACACUUUGGGCAACAUGGUACGAUGUCAAUUGCUGAAAGAUCCUAAUGUGUUGUUCGCCGGCUACAAGAAUCCCCAUCCUUUGGAACAUAAAGUUAUUCUGCGGAUUCAGACCACUUCUGACUACACGCCCCAAGAGGCACUCAUGAACGCCAUCACCGAUCUCAUCUCCGAAUUGUCCUUGUUCGAAGAGCGAUUCAAGGAAUCCGUGCGGGAAAAACAAGACACCGGUUACGAUUAAGGACUAACCCGGCUUCUAUUUCCAAUUGAACCAAUCUAAUCGCCUCGCCUCGUCCACUUUGUAUCCCCU